CAGAACACAUCACUCAGAGUUUGAAUGAAAACAAGCCGAAAUUCAGUGCACCAUAGGUUGGUGUACUAAUGUGCACUUUGCAUUAGUGGUCUACAGCUGGUUAUGAUUCAUUCAUCAAUAGACCCAUCAAUAGAUUCAACAGAUUGGACAGAAUGCCAGGUUUAGUUCAGGGUUCAGAUAUAGACGACCAUGACCAGGCCAUCACUGAAGCUCUUGAUCAGUUCUGCAGUGCCCCAGAGCAAACCUAUGAACAGUUUUUUUCCACCUUCACCUACCUGACCCCAGAGGAUGUGAGGGGUCCACGUGUGACUGCUCACAGAAGACACGGAGACUCGUCCCACAGCAGCCAAGAGGAACAGAGAGAAGAUGAAGUGUCAGAGAUGGAAAGAGAGGAAAGCACACUGACUACUGAUCAGGAAGAGGUGGUGCUGGACGCUGGUUGUGUUGGAGGAAUACUGGGUGGUGCUGCCAGGCCCAAUCCAGACAAACUUGUGAAGUUUGAUAAUUAUUUGGGAGAUUCGGAAGAUGAAGAAGAAACCACUGAUGUCACAGGCACAUCUGUAUUACCUGGUGAAGUUGAAGAGCAUCUAGAUGCGUCUGCUUCAUCUCUCUGUCAUCACACGCUGUUGGAGAUGUCAUCUACUUUCACAGACCAAAGCACAGACAAAACACAAACUGCUGAGGAUCAGAAUGAAAGCGAUAUGGUUCUUCCUUUUCAUCUGGAUGAGAACUUCGAUUAUGACACCGUCGUGCUGACUCGCAAACAUUCGAUCCGAGAACAAAACUAUAGACCAUCUUGAGCUUAAUUGGAAAUAGUAAGACUGGCAAAAGCUUUUAACAACUCUGGUUUUACAGAGUAAAUCCUCAUUAAGAGGGUCAAAGGCGUUUUUUUUUGUUUUGGCACUAAAAGGAGGAGAAAGACGAAAUGGCUGUUUUGAAAAUAAAUCAGGAGUUUAUCACACAUGUCAUUGUGUGAAGCACCAGUUUGAAGUAUCUUCAGCACAAUCACUCAACUAAGUCUUCAGACGGUUUUUACUUCAUUAAAACUAUUCUUAAUCCA